AUGAGGACAGCCGCCCAGGAUACAGCACCUCAGAUAGCUCUGAGAGACUGCUCCAAAGAGAAAGUGGGGGGAGGAAGUCUUCCCACGGCCCCAUGGCAUCUGUACUUUGUAUUUCAGGGACGGCUGACGUUCCAGGAUGUGGCCUUAGACUUCACUCAAGAGGAGUGGGAAUGCCUGGACCUCGGUCAGUGGGAACUGUAUAGGGACGUGAUGUUAGAGAACUACAGGAAUCUGGCCUCCUUGGGUCUUGUGGCCUCUAAGCCAGACCUGCUCACCUUUCUGGAGCAAAUGAAGAAUCCCUGGGAUGUAAGGAGACUGGAGAUGCCAGCCAUAUACACAGGUAGGUGUGAAUGGAUGGAGCCGAUGACUCAAUGA